AUGGCUUCGGAGCCUAUAGUAGGAGAAGGUGAUGGAGCCAGAGAGAAGCAGAGGUACACGGAGAGCAAGGUCUAUACUCGAAAGGCUUUCAAAGGCCCCAAGAAGAAGAGCAUCGAUAACAACACCACCAAACCCACAGAGGCCAACCCAACAGCCACAACCGCCACCGCCACCGCCACAACCACUACCGCCGUAACCGCCCCCUCCGUCACCACAACCACCACCACCGCCGACGACAAUAACAUCAACAAGAACGACAACCACCACGACGAGAAAGACAACAACAUCAACCAGAACGACAACAACAAGAGCGACAAGCAGGAUAACAACAAGAAGAAUGAUGAGAAUGAGAAUUCGUCCCAGCCUCCUCCGCCUCAGACUAUUGCGUCUGAGGAGGGGAAUUCCGCUCAGCAGCAGCAGCUCCUUCCGCCGCCUGAUGCUGCUGCCUCUGGCGAUUCCUCCAGCCUGAACCGGCAAGAGGUGGCCGUGGCAGUGGUGGAACCUGAAAGUCGGGAUCCACCUGUGGAAAAUGGGCUGGCGAAAGAGGGGCCGGAGAACCGAAUGAAGAUUAAUUUGGCUUCCAGGUCGAAGCAGGAGAUGCGUGAGCUUCGGAGGAAGCUUGAGAGUGAGCUUGAUAUGGUGCGGAGUUUGGUGAAGAGGAUUGAGGCCAAACAGGGGCAGAUUGGUGGGUUUAAUCACUCCCUUGUAACGAAUGAGGGGGUCAAUAAUAGUGGUGCAGUGCUGAGACGGGUUCACUCUGAGGUUGCUUCGGUUGGUGUUCCCCGUGAAGUUACCAGGCCUUUGCAUCAGCUGAGUAUAUCAGUGUUGGAGAAUAGUCAGGGAAUGAGUGAUAUUGUGGAGAAAGAGAAGAGAACCCCCAAGGCGAACCAGUUCUAUCAUAAUUCUGAGUUUUUGCUGGCUAAGGAUAAGUUUCCGCCUGCUGAGAGUAAUAAGAAGACAAAAUUGAAUGGGAAGAAGCAUGGUGGAGGAGAUUUAGGGCAAGGGUAUGGCAUGGGAAGCAAGUUUUUCAAGAGUUGCAGUUCUUUGCUUGAAAAAUUGAUGAAACACAAGCAUGGUUGGGUGUUUAAUGAACCUGUUGAUGCUGCUAAGCUUGGUUUGCACGAUUAUCAUAUCAUUAUCAAGCACCCAAUGGACUUGGGUACCAUUAAGUCGAGGCUGAACAAGAAUUGGUACAAAUCUCCGAAAGAAUUUGCAGAGGAUGUGAGACUUACAUUUCACAAUGCCAUGACUUAUAACCCACAAGGGCAGGAUGUUCAUGUUAUGGCAGAGCAGCUAUCCAGGAUAUUUGAGGACCGGUGGGCUAUCAUAGAGUCAGAUUAUAAUCGUGAGAUGAGGUUUGGAUAUGAUUAUGGGGCUAGUCUUCCUACACCUACAUCAAGAAAGGCACCUCCACUGCCACCACCUCCUCUUGACAUGCGAAGGGUUUUGGACAGGUCUGAGUCUAUCUCUCAUCAUGUUGAUCCCAAGCCAAAGCCCAUGACUAUUACUCCUAGAACCCCCGCUCCAAAGAAGCCUAAGGCUAAAGAUCCUCAUAAAAGGGACAUGACUUAUGAGGAAAAACAAAAGCUUAGCACAAGCCUCCAGAGUCUACCUUCAGAGAAGCUGGAUUCCAUUGUACAGAUUAUUAAGAGGAGGAAUUCUGACCUAUUCCAGCAUGAUGAUGAAAUUGAAGUGGACAUUGACAGCGUUGAUGUUGAGACCCUGUGGGAGCUUGAUAGGUUUGUAACCAACUACAAGAAGAGUUUGAGCAAACACAAGCGGAAAGCUGAAAUGGCUAUGCAAGCCAGAGCAGAAACUGAGCAGAAUGUCCAGCAGCAGACCCAGGACCCCAUUGUGGCAGAGGUGCCCAAAGAAACCAAAACAGAUGAAAAGAUUAUUUCUUCUUCAACACCCAUUCAAGGGGACAACCAGGGUGAUAAUAGGAGUAGGUCAAGUAGUUCAAGCAGCUCUAGCAGUGAUUCUGGAUCUUCCUCAAGUGACUCAGAUAGUGAUAGUUCGUCAGCAUCUGGAUCAGAUGCAGGGUCGCCGAGGACUUAA